AUGGGAAGAGGAAAAAUCGAGAUCAAGAGGAUCGAGAACAACACGAAUCGACAGGUCACCUUCUGCAAGCGCCGAAAUGGGCUUUUGAAGAAAGCUUAUGAGCUUUCAGUUCUCUGUGAUGCUGAGGUUGCCUUAAUCGUGUUCUCGAGCCGAGGCCGUGUCUAUGAGUUUGCCAACAGCAACAUCAGAUCAACCAUUGAAAGGUACAAGAAAGCCACUGCAGACAGUUCAAGUGUGUACACCACUCAAGAAAUCAAUGCUCAAUUUUACCAACAAGAGUCCAAGAAGCUGCGCCAGCAAAUACAGAUGCUUCAAAACUCCAACAGACAUCUUGUGGGUGAGGGACUGAGCUCUCUAAAUGUCAAGGAACUGAAGCAGCUCGAGAGCCGUCUCGAGAGAGGCAUCGCUAGAAUCAGGGGCAAGAAGCAUGAAAUGAUACUAGCUGAGACUGAGAACUUGCAGAAGAGGGAGAUUCAGCUGGAGCAGGAAAAUUCCUGCCUCAGAGCUAAGAUUCAAGAAAACGAAAAGCUUCAAGAACUUAGCAUGAUGCCAUCUGGACAGGAAUUUGCCUUGCAGGCUUAUUUCGCUCGUAACAUGCUUCAGCUCAAUAUGAUGGAGACCGUAUCAUCCUAUCCCGUGCCUGAAAAGAAGGAUCUUCAUAUCGGCUAA